GGCGUUUCCGGCAGUCCCAAGAAAAAAAAAAUUAAGCAAACCGACACGUGACACGUCUAUUCCCUUCCAUUCCAUUCGAUCGGGCAAUUCCGCCUUCCAUCAGAUCGAUCCCGCCCCAGCUGUCCUUCUCCUCCCCGAAGUAUCCCAUCAUCCAUGAACCUGGAGCGCCUACCGCCGCCGGCGGGAUCGCGCCAUGGUUACCACCGCUACGCGCGGAUGCCGCCGCAGGCGGACCUCGAGGGCGAAGCGGCGCCCGCGGACCAGGAGCGGGAGCCCGAGCGGCGGCCGGAGGUCCUGGCGGCCUCGGCGUCGGCAUCGCUCCGGGUGCCCGACGCCGCGCGGGUGUUCGACGAGUUGCCCAGGGCGUCCAUCGUCGCCGUCUCGCGCCCCGACGCCGGGGACAUCACGCCCAUGCUGCUCUCCUAUACCAUCGAGGUUCAUUACAAGCAGUUUAGGUGGCGUCUAUAUAAGAAAGCUUCGCAGGUUCUCUAUCUUCACUUUGCAUUGAAGAGGCGUGAAUUCCUUGAAGAAUUCCAUGAAAAGCAGGAGCAGGUCAAAGAAUGGCUCCAAAAUCUGGGAAUUGGGGAGCAUAUGCCAGUAGUACAUGAUGAGGAUGAAGCAGAUGAUGUGAAUGUUCCACCACAGUCUGAUGAUAACUCCAUUAAAAAUAGAAACGUUCCUUCAAGUGCUGUUUUACCUGUCAUUCGACCAGCUCUUGGACGUCAAAACUCUAUUUCCGAUCGAGCAAAAGUUGCAAUGCAAGAAUAUCUAAACCAUUUCUUAGGGAACCUGGAUAUCGUCAAUUCACGGGAGGUUUGCAAAUUUUUGGAGGUGUCAUGUUUGUCAUUUUUACCUGAGUAUGGUCCCAAGUUAAAAGAAGACAAUGUUUCAGUUGGACAUUUACCAAAGAUUCAGAAGGACCGGAAAAAACGAUGCUGUUCAUGUGGAUUGUUUAACUGUUGCAAGAGCAAUUGGCAAAAGGUCUGGGUUGUCCUGAAGCCAGGAUUCUUGGCUUUACUUGAAGACCCUUUUGAUCCAAAGCUGUUAGAUGUCAUUAUUUUUGAUGCAUUGCCGCACAUGGAUAUAAGUGGAGAAGGCCAAAUUUCUUUAGCAAAAGAGAUUAAAGAACGUAACCCACUGCAUUUUGGAUUCCAGGUUUCUUCUGGUGGCCGGACAAUAAAGCUACGCACAAGAAGCUCUUCUAAGGUUAAGGACUGGGUUACUGCAAUAAACGCUGCUCGACAACCUCCAGAAGGCUGGUGUUAUCCUCAUCGUUUUGGCUCAUUUGCACCACCGAGGGGUUUGUUGGAAGAUGGGAGUAUGGUACAAUGGUUUGUAGAUGGGCAAGCUGCAUUCAAAGCUAUUGCAUCCUCCAUUGAGGAAGCCAAAUCGGAGAUAUUUAUUACUGGCUGGUGGCUCUGCCCAGAGUUGUAUCUUCGACGUCCAUUCCAACAUCAUGGAUCAUCUAGGCUUGAUGCUCUACUGGAAGCAAGAGCUAAGCAGGGUGUACAGAUUUACAUUCUCUUGUACAAGGAAGUUGCUCUUGCAUUGAAAAUUAACAGCUUAUACAGUAAACAAAGGCUUCUUAACAUUCAUGAAAAUGUUAAAGUUCUGCGUUAUCCUGAUCAUUUCUCAAGUGGUGUAUACUUGUGGUCACACCAUGAGAAGAUUGUGAUUGUUGAUAAUCAAGUAUGUUAUAUUGGAGGUCUUGAUCUGUGCUUUGGUCGCUACGAUAGUCCUGAGCAUAAAGUCGCUGAUUCUCCUCCAGUGAUGUGGCCAGGAAAGGACUACUACAAUCCUAGGGAAUCUGAACCCAAUUCUUGGGAGGACACCAUGAAAGAUGAGCUGGACCGUGCUAAAUAUCCCCGCAUGCCUUGGCAUGAUGUUCAGUGUGCUCUUUAUGGUCCACCUUGCCGUGAUGUAGCAAGGCAUUUUGUUCAGCGCUGGAAUUAUGCAAAGAGGAACAAAGCUCUAAAUGAGCAAGCAAUUCCCUUGCUGAUGCCUCAUCACCACAUGGUAAUUCCACACUACAAGGGUAGAAGCAAAGAAAUAAAUGAUGAGGCUGAGGGUAAACAAUACCAUGAUAAGGAUGUUGAUAUUGGAAAGCCAGUGUUGACGUCACGCACAUCAUGUCAGGAUGUUCCAUUGCUCUUACCUCAAGAGCUUGAACCUCGUGAAUUAUCCAGUUCAGAUUUAAGGAUGACUGAUUUAGAUAUUAACCAUUCAGAUCGUGUAAGCAAGAAGAGCUUUAAUCAGCCUUUGCUCAAUCGAAAGGCAAAAUUGGAUUCUUCUCAUCAGGAUUUACCUAUGAGAAGUUUUGUAGACAAUCUCAGUUCCCUUGAGCCAUCAUCUAUUAGACGUUUUGAUUCGUCGAAAGAUGAUAGGAAUCACAUCGACAAGAAAUGGUGGGAAAUGCAGGAGCGAGGCAACCAAGUUGCUUCAGUACUUGAUGUUGGACAGGUUGGUCCAAGGGCAACAUGUCGUUGUCAGGUUGUUAGGAGUGUCGGUCAAUGGUCAGCUGGAACCACUCAAAUUGAAGGAAGCAUCCACAAUGCCUACUUUUCUCUGAUUGAAAAGGCAGAACACUUUGUAUACAUUGAGAAUCAAUUUUUCAUAUCGGGUCUGUCAGGAGAUGACACGAUUAAAAACCGUGUACUGGAAGCAUUGUAUCGGCGCAUACUUCGAGCUGAGAGAGAGAAAAAACGCUUUAAGGCCAUCAUCAUCAUACCUCUUUUACCUGGUUUUCAGGGAGGCAUUGAUGAUGGUGGAGCAGCAUCGGUGAGGGCAAUCAUGCAUUGGCAAUAUCGGACUAUCUGCAGAGGCUCUAAUUCGAUUCUUCAGAAUCUAUUUGAUGUUAUUGGACCUAAAGCACAUGAUUACAUCUCCUUUUAUGGGCUUAGAGCACAUGGUAAACUCUAUGAUGGGGGUCCCUUGGUUACUAGUCAGAUUUAUGUACAUAGCAAGUUAAUGAUAGUUGAUGACCGCAUCACAUUGAUUGGCUCAGCUAACAUUAAUGAUAGAAGCUUGCUUGGAUCAAGAGAUUCCGAGAUUGCUGUGGUCAUCGAAGAUAAAGAAGUUGUUAAUUCAAAAAUGGAUGGAAGACCCUGGGAAGCUGGGAAGUUCUCUCUAAGCCUACGUCUCUCACUGUGGGCGGAGCACCUUGGCCUUCAUCCUGGAGAGGUUAGCCAUAUCAUGGAUCCCAUAGAUGAUUCAACGUUCAAAAAUAUCUGGAUGGCCACUGCCAAGACAAAUACCAUGAUAUACCAAGAUGUCUUUGGGUGUGUACCCAACGAUCUCAUCCACUCAAGGUAUGAAUUUAAGCCUACAUUGGGGUUGCAUUUUGCGUCAAGUGCUGUGGUUUCUGAAACAUAUAGUCCAUUCAGGGCCCAAUUUCGGCAAAGCUUUGCUCACUUGAGGGACAAAAUUGGCCACACUACAAUUGAUUUGGGUGUUGCCCAAGGGAAGCUAGAAGCUUACCAAGAUGGUGAUCUCAAAAGUACCGACCCUAUGGACAGACUACAGUUAGUCAGGGGCCACCUUGUUUCUUUUCCUUUGGAUUUCAUGUGCCAAGAGGACUUGAGACCAUAUUUCAGCGAAAGUGAGUACUACACAUCACCACAGGUUUUCCAUUAGCCUUUCUCUCUGUCUCGUAAAGUUACUCAAUCGGCUGUACAUGCUGCAAAGAUCUGCUUGUAGAUGCUCUACACGUGUUGUCAAAUAGGAAACCAAAAGAAAUGAAUAUACUAUCAUACCAUUAUAGAGUACUAGAGGUAUAGUUUCCUAGAAGGAAAAUAGUAUAUCGGUAUAGUACAUUCAUUCCAACACAUUUUAAUGUUGGAAAAAAACAAUCAAAUUCAUUCUUUAGAAGUGCAAAUAAUAUAGGACUUAGUUCUACACAUUUUCUUUGGAAUGAAAUACACCUCGUCAUAGUUCAUUUUUUUCUGUUCUAUCCUAUUGUGUACCUACUAAACUCUCUAUCCAGAAAUAUAAGGCGUGUAUUUUUACUGUCUAAAAGUGAGCUUUGACAGGAGAUGUCUCUUGCAGUAUUUUAUUAUUAGUAUAUAGUUACAGAACCACGAUUGUAAGAGUAUUUUUUAAUCAAUUUUUGGUCACAUAACUUGUAUAUUCUUAUAUUAAUUUAUUGGUCAAACUCAAAUUUUGACAGUCGAAAAACGCCUUAUAUUUCUGGAUGAUAGGGAGUUGUGUUUAUUGAGGAUAUUUGACAGUUGACACUAUUUUUCCGAGUACUUGAAACACUGUCUGUCUACCCUGAAUUGGUGGGACAAUAAAUAUACAUGUUCUGUGUU